GGAUACGGAGGAAGCAAAACAAAGAAUUCAGAUUCAGCUGGUGGGCCGCGUCAUGGGUGAGGCAGGGGCACGCACGCAUUACGAGCACAUCCAACGUAUCACAGAACGCAUAUCAACCGCCUCCAUGUCUGCAAUCUGCAUAACCUAAUGCAUGGGUACUGGUGUAAAAACUAAAAACCUAAAACUUCGUAUAUUGGGAAACGUGGAUUUGACCAAUAAGGAUAGAAUGCCUACCACCACGACGUCGUUUGGUACGAUGGAUUGCUUGACAAGUUGGGUUUUUCCAUUUGCAAAUUUCGGCGCUGUACACACCUGCCAAUUUCUGUACCUCAACCUCAAUGGAAACCAAAGCUCCGUCCAAUCUCGCUUCUUCGCAAAACCCUAAAUCCUCAAUUACAAAAUCAGUAAGCAAUAACAGAGACUUCUUGAACCACCUGGAAGCUUACCUCGCAAAGAGAGAUGGAGUCGACAAGCUUCUAAAGAUCUCCAGGUACGCCACCAGGAUCAUCCUCGCUUCCUCGCUCCUCCCCGAAACCUUGACCCUAAAUCGCCGACUCAAGAGCUUUGAGUCCAGCGUCGGUGUGAGUCGCAAAGCCUUCAGACUAGGCAAAUUCGUUCAAGAUUUGAACGCAUUAAGAAACACGUGUUUCGAUUCGAAAGAAGAUGUGAUCCUCUCCAUCAUUGCCUACGGAGGCGAGGGUUUGUACAUGUUUAUCGAACAAUUCGUGUGGUUUGUUAAAUCGGGUUUGAUCGACGCCAAGCACUCGCGUAAUUUGCAGAAGAUCAGUGCUUGGGCCGAGUUCGUUGGGUACAUAGGGAGUAUCUCGUUGAAAAUUAGGGAUUUGAAGCGGAUCAAUGAAGACGAGUCGCGCUUGCUGUCGACCAUCGAGAUUUCGAUUUCCCGAGGACUUAAGUACGACGAGGAAGCGAAAAAGAUUCAAAAAAUGAAGGAGAAAAGGUUGAUGAAGAGACUGUCAAUUGUUCAAGAUUUGGCCGACGGGUUAAUGGCGUUGGCGGAUAUUCGGGACGGAAAGGGGCGGCUUUCAGGGCCGCUUCUGAUGUCAUCUGCUGGGCUUUUAUCUGCACUUAUAAGUGCUCAUAAGAAUUGGCUGUCUUGCUGACACUAAUUAUGGUUUGAUAAGGUAUGAUUCUUUGGGCCUCUGUCUUUCUUAUUGAAUUAUGAAUUCAGUCUAGCUAGUGUAUUCAAACUAUUUAGUAGGGAGAGCAAGUGAAAGCUCUCCUACUGUCAGUGUAGGAGAUAGAAUGUGAACCCACAAAAUUUAUUCUCUUAUGUUUGUUAUAAUUCUAAUGAGGAAUAAAAUCAUACACAAGCAGUGGUUCAAAUAUAACUUUGUUUGUCAAUAUGUUUGUGACUCUCAUUGGUAUACUCUCAUUUAUCUUUGCUAUAAAUGGAGAGUUCUAGGUUUCUUUAUGGGCAACUCAUGUUCACACUCAAUCCAUUCUAGUAAUUAUAUCAAUGUCAAUCUUUCUGAAUUUUAAUGUACUUCUGGGUAUCCGUAGCAGAUAUACUAAGAGUGAAUGGUCCCUUGUUUAAGGCCCAACUGGUUUUGAAGACCUUGAGGAUUAGACCAUUUCACAAAAUAAGUGAGAUAGAACUGGGCUAUAUAGUUUAUAACAAGAUGAAUUCAAGUAUUGGGGAGGAUACAACAAUAAAUUAGCUUUCAAGAAAGCCCAAUUCAAUGUUAGAUGAACCAUGCCAAGGUCUAGCUUGAGGAUUAUGACUCAUUUGUGAUAUCCAAGUUGCAUGUACGUGAUAUCUAAUAUAAUAAGGAACUGACAAUGUAUAUGCAGACAUCUUUUAAAGUCAUGAAGGACCAUUAACCUAAAAUGGAUAAUAUCUAUAUGUUGGGAGUAUGCCAUUACAAAUGGUAUUAUAAUUGAGCCAAUCCCUAAGCUCGAUGUGGGUCUAUGUCUAUUGGGACCACAAGGCAUUUUGUCUAUUUGGCAUGAUGUUAUGUUUGCAUGAGGGAACACAUGGAUUCCUUUUAACUAUGUAGACGACUUUUAAAGCCAUGAGAGUUCAUUAGGCUCAAAACGGACAACAUUUACACAUGCCAAUAUCUACAUGGAAGGGAGUAGAGCUGGUAAGAAAUUAUAAGCCUAUUGAGGAAGGCCCUUACUCUACUCAUUGGAAUCUUGGUAGUAACUGUAUUGGCCACAUUGUGCAGAGGAGGAUUUAAAAAUCCGGAUUCCUCCUUCUAAGAGUAAAAUAGUGAUUCAUUUACCCUGUGGACCAAACAUAUAAUACUUCCAAGAUCAAGGACAGCGAAAUCCAGCUUUUGUUCCCAUACUUUCUUUAGCCUUAACCAGAAGAUUCUAUACCAUUGGAUUUUAAAAAUGAUCCCCGGUAAGGGGUCCUAAUCCUCUUUAUAGUUUGACUUGAUAAGGUAACUAUUUUCUCUCUGCUCCAUCUUAGCCUCAUGAUGGGGUCAUUGAUCCAUCCAUUUCCUCCUCUGCCAAUGGAUCAUUCACAUCAAGGGUGAUCUCCAAAUGGUCUAUGAAUGGUCUUCCAUUACUGCCCUCUGGUUUUCUCCCUAACUUCUCGGAGAGCUGGAAUGCAUUAUAGUUAGAGAAAAUGAUAGGGAUUACUACAGAGAAUCAAUUAUGUGCUGGCAGUACUUUCAUAGGUAUACUUUUCAUGCUUCAGGAAUCUCAAGCUCACUGAAUCCUGUCAUUUUUUUUUAUCCAAAUAUGCUAGCAUCAGAAUGUUGAGUGAUUCCAAGUGUUUUAGCUUUUCCCAUGAACAUUUACAACCUUAAGAGACAUUCUUCCGCAUUGACCUACCACUUACUGGAUGAGCCAUUUUUUCAAUUAAAUCUGAGCGUAGGAGUUUCCAAUAUCUCUCUAAAUGGUUGAUGAGAAAAGUGUGCUAUAAGAUGAAAUGCUUUGAAGAGUUAAAGAAAAAAAAGGCAUAUAUCCGAGGAUAUUGUCAAAUAGGUGAACCUUUCAAACUCAAUACUACUAGAAAAAAAAGCUAAUGCUUAGGGUAUUUUACUUGUUAAUGAUAUUUUAUGUUGAUGCUUUCAAAUGUGAUUUUUAUCAGUGUCUUACUACUAUCAAGAUAUAUGAUAAUCUUAUAGUGAGGAAUCGUGAAACUUAAUAAGCAUCAUCAUUUUCAAUGUUGACACCUGAAAAAACUUUGCUUAGAAGGAACGCAUCUUUAUAUACUUUAAACAUUGAGGAAAUUUCUAUAAUGAAUAUUCUUUAUAAUGUAACCCACAAGUCUUAUGAAUUUAAAAAAGAAAACAAAAAAAAGGAAAAAAGUUGUCUUUCAAGAAUCAAGGUUACUUUGUGACACCAAUAAUCCUAAUAAUAGGCAUAACAUUAAUAAGAAUAAUAUUAGUUGUAAUAAUAAUAAUAUAAUAAGAGUACUAAUCUUUUUUAGGGGUCCCAUCGAAGAAAGAACAAACUCUAAAAUAGUGAAUUUAUGGAACUCAUCUUUAUACUGGGACUCAUCUUUAUCACCCUUCUUUGUCUUCCAAUAAAAUUAGAUCAUUAAAAAACGUAGUUUAUAACCCCUAUUCCUUUUUUCCAUUUCACUUCUAUUGUUUGUUUGGGUUUGUAAUCAAUGGAAGUGGAAAAGCGGUCAGAUGAUACUUUAUCUAAUAAUUGUACAAGGAAGGCAAUAGGUUAUAGAAAAAAAGAGUGGAUAAAUAAAGGAAUUCUUGAGUGGAUCAAGAAUAAAAUUUUUGAGUCGGUAUGGAUAAAAGAUCUUCUUAUGUUAUACUAUUCAAUUCUCGACGAUGAAUCAAUUUGAUAGCUCAGAUAUUGUUAUUCAUGAUAUUGAUCCGAUUCAAUAUCAUCGAGAUGUAAUUCAUCCCAUUGAAUUUACAUUACAGGCGAAAGAUUUAUCAUCUCUAUGGGAUUAAAUCCUGAGUUAUUG